AAAAUGUCUGAUACAUCAUUUUCAUUAACUACAUUUUCACCUUCCGGAAAACUUGUACAAAUCGAAUAUGCUCUUAAUGCAGUACAGGCUGGUAGUACAUCUUUGGCUAUAAAAGCAACAAAUGGUGUUGUAGUUGCAACUGAAAAGAAGCUUCCUUCUCCACUUGUUGAUCAUAAUUCUCUUCAAAAGGUUACUCCACUCACUGAUCAUAUUGGAAUGGUUUACAGUGGAAUGGGUCCAGAUUCACGUGUUCUGGCAAAACAAGGAAGAAAACACGCCGAAGAAUACUAUAGAAUUUAUAAGGAACGUAUUCCAGUCUCUCAAUUAGUCAAACAUCUUGCCUCAGUGAUGCAAGAAUACACACAAAGUGGUGGUGUCAGACCAUUUGGAGUGAGUUUAUUAAUUGCUGGUUUUGAUGAUACUGGUCCACAUUUGUAUCAAGUUGAUCCUAGUGGAUCAUAUUGGGCUUGGAAAGCUUCAGCAAUUGGAAAGAACAUGGUCAAUGCUAAUACAUUUUUGGAAAAGCGUUAUUCCUCUGAUAUUGAAUUGGAAGAUGCUAUUCACACAGCUAUUUUAACCUUGAAAGAAGGUUUUGAUGGACAAAUCAACAGUAAGAAUAUUGAAAUUGGUAUUGUUGGAAAGGAUAAGCUUUUCCGUGUUUUGACACCAGCUGAAGUUAAAGAUUAUUUGGAAGAAGUUGAGUAAUUUUACAACAUCUAAUUCAAAUAUCUAUUGUAUUCUUUUUUAUGGAAUCAAAUUAUUGAUCCAAUAUUGUACAUUGAUUAUAAAACCUACUUGAAACCUUAAUGGUUAUCGAGACAUUGU